UGCUCCACGCUGUUUUGCUGCUCGCACUGUUGACAUGUGGUUUUGUGUAUUUCGUCAUAUUAUUUUGAAACCGUUUUAAAUUCCGCCACAAGCAACAAUCACCGCGGCUUGCUUUCCCCCGGCAAUGGCUAAACGUGAAACCAUCGUGCACUGGUUCCGGAAAGGGCUACGAAUCCACGACAAUCCGGCCCUCACGGUGGCCGUAGACAAGGUGCGCGCGAAUCCCGCCAAAUACUGUUUGCGACCGAUAUUCGUGCUCGAUCCGGGCAUACGCAAAUGGUUGCGUGUGGGACCAAAUCGAUGGCGCUUUCUGCAGCAGACGUUGGCUAAUUUGGAUGAAAAUUUACGCUCCAUCAACUCCCGACUCUACGUUGUGCGGGGCAAUCCGGUGGAAGUGUUUCCCAAACUGUUCGCCGACUGGAACGUUUCGCUGCUUACGUACGAACAUGACAUUGAGCCGUACGCCGUCAAGCGGGACAGCACCGUCGAAGAGCAGGCACGGAAGCACCGGGUGGAGGUUCACAUUGAAAAGUCUCACACCAUUUUUGAUCCGGAAGGAAUUGUGAAGAAGAAUGGCGGCAAACCACCGCUUACCUACCAGCGGUACGCAACACUUGCUUCGGCUUUCAAAAUACCCCAACCACUGCCAGUGCCUCAGAAACUGCCAGCGAAAGAAACGUCCCCCGAAGCGGACAAGGAAGAACGCAAAAACCCUUCCUGUUACGAUCCACCAACGAUGGAAGAGCUGGACGUCGAGGAAGCGUCGAUGGGUCAUUGCAAAUUCCCCGGCGGUGAAUCGGAAGCCUUGCGCCGGAUGAAUGAGAUCCUCAGCCGGAAGGCAUGGGUGUGCAAAUUCGAGAAACCGAACACAUCACCCAACUCCCUCGAACCAUCGACCACGGUUCUGAGCCCGUACCUGAAGUUCGGCUGUCUGAGCGUGCGCCUGUUCUACAGCCGUAUAGCGGAAACCAUCAAGGGUCAGAAACACUCCCAACCGCCCGUCUCGCUGAUCGGGCAGGUAAUGUGGAGAGAGUUUUAUUACUGCGUCGCGGCGGCGACACCCAACUACGACAAGAUGGUGGGCAACGGCAUCUGCACCCAGAUCGAUUGGGACACUAACAAGGACUACCUGGAAGCGUGGACGCAUGGCCGAACGGGCUACCCGUUCAUCGAUGCCAUCAUGCGCCAGCUGCGCCAGGAAGGAUGGAUCCAUCAUCUGGCCCGGCAUGCGGUCGCCUGCUUCCUUACGCGCGGUGACCUCUGGAUAUCGUGGGAAGAGGGACAGCGGGUGUUCGAAGAGCUGCUGCUCGAUGCCGACUGGGCGCUGAACGCGGGCAACUGGAUGUGGCUGUCGGCGUCCGCUUUCUUUCAUCAGUAUUUCCGCGUGUACAGCCCGGUGGCGUUCGGCAAAAAGACCGACCCGGAGGGAAAGUUUAUCAAGAAGUACGUGCCCGAGCUGGCCCGCUUUCCGGCCGGUAUCAUCUACGAGCCGUGGAAAGCGAAUCUCGAGACGCAGAAGAAGCUCGGCUGCAUCAUUGGGAAGGAUUAUCCGAACCGGAUAGUGGUGCACGAGGACAUUUCCAAGGUGAACAUUCAGCGCAUGUCGGCCGCUUACAAGAGGAACAAGGCACAGAAGGAUGGCGGAACGGAGGAAGACGAUAGUGUGAGCUCGGGAUCGGGUGGGACGCCCGGCAAAAAGCGACCAUCGUCCACUGGAUCAACCGCAAAGGGUAAAGCGGCACCGAAGAAGCGUAAAAUUGAAGCAACUAUUGAAAAGUUCUUGAAAAAGAAGUAAAACAAGCACACGCACACUGCCAGAAAUACUCGAAUACUUAACUCUUUCUCUCAGGUAAAAUGUAUUAGUGUUAAAAAUCGUACCAUAUAAAAUGCCACGUAUGUCUUUUUCACAGUAACAAGCUAUGAACGAUAAAAUAAUCCAGUUUUACCUAUUAAAAAGCAUGAUGAAGCUAGAGUAAGUUAUGCGCUUCAAAUCUACAGCAAACGAUUUAAAUCGAAUGUAUACAGUCUGUGGCGAUAUUUAUUUUAUUUCCAAUAAAUAAACGAUUCGGUGAAUCGUUUAAAUUUG